AUGGCUUCAUUCCAUCAUUUACUACAACACGAGAAGCCGCGGUUUGAAUCUCCCGCCAAAGUGUUUGCCAAACUAAAAUCUAAAGUUCAGAGAGAAAGGUUGUACGCGACGGAUUCGCCGUGCAACGUCAGAGAGAAACAUGGACGAGAGUUCAGCCGAGAGGAGAACUUCCGCCUGGCCGAGGAGCUCAAGGAGAACCACACUCCCGGGUUCUUCCGCAGCGAAGUCCAAGCUCUGACCCUGUCGCCCAUUUCCACUCCUCAGAAAGACUUCGGCUACUCGGUAUCAAACGACGCGAUCCCUCAGGUGGCCGAGACGGGACACGCCUUUAUGUUCGGAAACCAACACACGCCGACAAAGAGGGGUUUCCUGGAGUCCACAGCGGUGUCUCCCUCCCUGCCCCGAGCAAAGACUCAGCCUCCGGUGGACCGCUGUGGGAGAGGUGUGUAUGAGGAGGACCCCCGCCGCAGUCUGGUGUCCCCUUCCGAUAUGUUUUCCCCCCAGGGGAAGAGGCUCAGGAAGAGGAAGUGGGAGCAGCAGGAGUUCAACAAGGUCAGCAGCAGAAAGGAGGUCGGUGCUGCUGUAAGGAGUCAGACAGACACUCACAGGGAGGACGAGGGGGACUUCCGAGGUUUCCCUGCUGAGGGGAACCAGGGGUCUCCUGCCCCCUUGUUCCCAGCGCCGAGACCCACCGCUAUGAAACGUGCCUGUGUUAUGAUGGAAAGCUAUCCUCCGAUGUCGCCGGCCAAGCAGUUUGCUUACAUGAAGGAGAGGGAAAACAAAAGGGAGCGUCGGAUGGUUCCUGAAGUCAGCAGCAGCACCAGGGAACUCUUCAGUACUCAUUUCGAUCAGGCCGGAGACUCUCCUCUCCACGCAUCUCACGAUAUGGAUGAAAUUGAGGACACUGUUUUUUCAAGGGUUCCAGAAAGUGCAGUUCCUGAUAGCUGCUCCAGAGACGAGUCUGCUGACAGCCAAUCAGAUCACACGGAGGAUGCCCCCAUCCCUGCCGCUAGGCCACAGCCAGUUUUGCUUGAAGACCCACUCGUACUUAAUUCGCCAAAGAUCUCCAUCCCUAAGAAAAACCAGGCUGUGUUCAAGUGCAACAAAGGGCCCCAGCGCACACAACUCCCUAAUAUGAGUAGAAACUUGUCUACAGAUAAAAACAAUCCUAACGAUAGUGUCGUUUAUCUUGAGAAAUGGUUCUUGAGGAAUAGUCAAAAGGGCCUGUUUCUUGAUGGUAUCCACACCAAGAACAACGUGCCAUGGAACAGUAACAUCAUUGACGACAGGGUUUCUAAUACUGUGGUGAAGACCGUCUCUGGUAGGGUUUAUGUUUUGGUUGGCAAGAUGAACUUCAUCGUCAACUCGGGGUUUCCCAAAUGGUUUAUGAAGAAGUUUGUUAAUGGUUUCCCUCCAAACUGGAAAUCGCUUUAUGAGAAGUCUCUGUCUGAAGAAGCGGAGAGGUCCAGUGAAGGGAAAUCCAUCAUGGCCAAUCCAAAAUCCGCUGCAUCCUCCAAUCAGUCUGCGAAGCGGAACAUACAAAAUAAUUUCAAGACACCUGCAUCCUGUCCUCCUGCCAUCUCCUCUUCCUCUUCUACCAGAACAUCUCAAAGUGGUCGGGUGAUAAAGCCACCUCUGGAGUAUUGGAAAGGAGGAAGAGUCAUUCUGGAUGCACACAUGAAUGUUACCAUUCAUGAAUGUUAUGAUACCUCCAUCUGCAUCCCUGAGGUUACUACAACAGUUUCUGUGAGGAAGUCACAGACGCCUGCCCGUGUGUUCCUGCCAAGCACUGAAGGCAAUACAAAUCUAAGUGAAACAUCCUGCGACGAAGAGGAUAGGGCACCAGCGAGGAAGGUCAAGGCUCCGCCCCGCAAAAGCCAACGAGCCAAGAAACCCAGUCAUCCAGCUGAACCUUCUGUGGAGGCAAGAAGCAAUCCUGAGGUGUGGACUGGCAGAAGAACGAGGUCUCAAAGCAGGAGUCCACCCAUGGACAAUACGGUGUACUUGGACAUUUUCCCUCAAAAGCAAAAUAAGCCUGAAAAGGCUACAACACUGAGGCCGAAAAAACAGACGCAUGAGACCAGCAGGCCGCCAGAGAGGAGGAGCAAACGUGAUCUUAAAGCGUCCCCCGAAUCUCCCACUGUUCAUGAAGAAACAUCCCAGCCACAGUUAUCAGGUGACGACUUUCCAACUAAGAGAAAUAAUGACGGGAAAGGAGUGUGCGUGAAGAGUGGAGGUAAAGGUCGCAACAAGUCGCAGCCAAGCCGAGGUUCUCAGUCACUUCACUCUUCAGAGUCUUCUGAGGAGAGCGGGAAGGAACGGAGAAAGAGAGGAACUGCAACAAAAACAACAAAAACAGCGCAGACUAAACCUAAACAGAGCAAAUGCACCACAAUCUCCCCGCCCACGAAGCCGAUGCCCAAGCCAACGCAUUCCGGCAGGAGGCACAAGACGAACAAAGGCAGCACCAGAGCUCCACCAGAGCAAGAUGAAGACGAGUGGACUGAGGCAGAGCUCAUGCAGCUGCAUGAGGCCGUGGCCUACUAUCCUAAGCACAUAACUGGUUUCUGGGAAAAGGUGUCAAAGGUGGUAGGAUCUCGUUCGUCAGAGGAGUGUCACAGCCAGCACACGUCUGAGGGAACAUCGCAGACGCCUGCCAAGAAGGACAAGAAACCCAGGAAGGAAAAAGUGAAAGUGCCGAAAGAUCCAGUUACAGACUGUCCCAUCAUUUCUGCUCGAGUUGGAACCUUGAGGAGAAAGCAGCAGGUGCGUCAGUUCAUGGAGGACAUGCCCACAGGGGACGUAGUGGACGUCUUCAGCUCCGCGUACAUGGCGAACAAACGCUAUGAGAUCCCCUCCAUGUGUCAGAGUGAGGAGCACGAGUUCACAAUGUCGGACAUGGAUCCCCUGACCCCCAAGUCAAGUGUUUACCCUCAAGUGAAAACCCCUAAGUGCCUGCACAUAGCAACUGACAUGAUCGGCUCUCCAGACAAGGACAAUGAUGACAAAUAUGUGUAUCAGUUCCAGAAGAGGAUGAAGAAAAAUCAGUUCAAUGUCUGCAACCAGGCUCAAUCUUCAAAGAAAUACACAUCCACGGCAUCAACGAGACCAGCAAUGAGACAAUGUGGUAACACAGAAAAUGACACCUUUGUCGUUUGGGAGAUGUUUCCAGAAAACAACGUGGCGGAGCCUGAAAGCGGUGAGGAAGAGGACUUUUAUUUCUCAGACAGCAACUGAUCGGAGUCGGAGCUGAUGCAUCAUAUCAUCAUAAAAGAUCUCACCAGUGGAUCAAAUGUGAACAAUGAAAACAGUUCCAGUUUCGCUCUUCUGUCUUUCACAUGAAACAAGUGUGAAUGUGUCUCUUUUAACAUGUAAACUAUACACUGUAAAUAUGUUGUUUUAACGUCUGAGCACCAACAGUCAGUGAAAUUAUUCCUUUAAUAAACAUUCUUAAAUUUUUAGCUUAUGGUUUAUUUGUGUAUAUUACACAUUGAGAAGAAAACAAUAGUUUGUGUAGGCGGUUCACAAUCUUUUCAGUUUGUGACCUCAAACAAAAAAAAUGGAUUUACUGUUCAAAUA